AUGUUUUUGUUAAUGGGGCCCAUCAUCUCAAUGGAUGCAGGAAAUGACAGUGACACAGCCUUCUCGAUUGUCUCCAUAGGUCUUGCUAUAGAGAUGGCUCUUGCAGUUUAUGGUGCAUGUGAGGGCAUGGCUUCCUCAGGAGGAGCAUCAAUUCUAUGCAGCCGGAAUAGAUCCAUACUUGGCCCUACAUACUUCAUCAUGAUAAUGGUGUCAACAAUAUUUUUCAGUAGCUUCCUUGUUGCCCUGAUCAUCGCAACAAACAUAGAUGAAAAGCUAGACAUGGCAAAGAGCAUCUCAUAUUUCUCUGCAUGCUUAAUGGUGGGAAUCACUGCAGCCAUAUCAGGUAAAGUCUGUUCAACCCUGGGUAGGAGGGGAUUUAGAAUUCUGUCCGAAAAACCAUCCUUUCUACCGAUCCUGAUCAUCUUGUUUGGUAUGAUAGAGUUUGUUAUAAUUGUUGUUCUUUCCUGUGCCUUGUUAAUGGUCUACCAAACUCGAGAUUAA